GCAAACGGGAUCCAGAGAGGCUCGCGCCUUGCUUGCUAAGGAACCAUGACCGGCCGGGACUCGCUUUCCGACGGGCGCACUAGCAGCAGGGCGCUGGUGCCUGGCAGUUCCCCUAGGGGCUCGCGCCCCCGGGGCUUCGCCAUCACGGACCUGCUGGGCUUGGAGGCCGAGCUGCCGGCGCCCGCUGGCCCAGGACAGGGAUCUGGCUGCGAGGGUCCGGCAGUCGCGCCGCGCCCGGGCCCGGGGCUUGACGGCUCCAGCCUGGCGCGUGGGGCCCUACCGCUGGGACUCGGCCUCCUCUGUGGCUUCGGCACGCAGCCGCCGGCGGCCGCUCGAGCGCCCUGCCUGCUCCUAGCCGACGUGCCGUUCCUGCCGCCCAGGGGCCCCGAGCCCGCUGCCCCGCUGGCUCCCAGCCGUCCUCCGCCUGCGCUCGGCCGCCAGAAGCGCAGCGAGAGCGUCUCCACGUCCGAUGAGGACAGCCAGUCUGAAGACAGGAAUGACCUAAAGGCAUCCCCCACCUCGGGCAAGAGGAAGAAGCGGCGGCACAGGACAGUUUUCACUGCUCACCAGCUGGAAGAGUUGGAGAAGGCGUUCAGCGAGGCCCACUACCCUGAUGUGUAUGCCCGAGAAAUGCUGGCUGUGAAAACUGAGCUCCCUGAAGACCGGAUACAGGUCUGGUUUCAAAACCGCAGGGCCAAAUGGCGCAAGCGGGAGAAGCGCUGGGGCGGCAGCAGCGUGAUGGCCGAGUACGGGCUGUACGGGGCCAUGGUGCGCCACUGCAUCCCGCUGCCGGACUCCGUGCUCAACUCCGCCGAGGGCGGCCUGCUGGGCUCCUGCGCGCCCUGGCUCCUGGGGAUGCAUAAAAAAUCCAUGGGGAUAAUAAGGAAGCCAGGAAGUGAAGAUAAGUUGGCAGGACUCUGGGGCUCUGACCACUUCAAAGAAGGUUCUAGCCAGAGUGUGUCAGGAUCACAGAGAGGCUCAGAUAAAGUGAGCCCUGAGAAUGGCUUGGAAGAUGUGGCUAUUGACCUCUCCAGCUCUGCCCGGCAGGAGACCAAGAAAGUGCACCCUGGGGCUGGUGCUCAAGGAGGCUCCAACUCCACGGCACUGGAGGGGCCCCAGCCAGGGAAGGUGGGAGCCAUAUGAGACCCACAGGUCCCACUGUCAAAGGCUGAAAAUGUGCAUAUUCCUCACUGGCAUUUUCCAAAAGACAAAAAUGGUCCAAGACAUAUACUCUCAGUUUGAUUUUCUUCUCACAAUGUCAAGAUAAAAUGCAAUGCCACUUGCUUUAAGAGGACAGAUGAGUGACCUAGGGAAAAUUCUAUUUCAUUCUAGAAUGGAAAUGGUUCCUUAAUGGCACUUUAACCAGUUAACUUGGUGCAAAACUUUUGAUUCUCUUUUGUAGCUUGAGCAGGGAGGAUCCGAAGUUCAAAAAUGAUUUCACUGCUGGGCAUCAUUUGAGAUGUGUGGUUCAAUGUACUGUAUAGAUGAAUAGGUUAGGUCUGAUGUCCUCAUUCUCAAUUAGGAAAUAUAAAAUGUCUAAUCUCCAGAAGAAUCUGAGAUCAUUAUAGUGAAGACUCCAUACAGACACAUGAAUGAAUUAUAUUGUCUUUACCUUGAACUUGGCCUUGGAUAUUUCAAUUUUCUUGUUAGGGAGUAAUUUUGUGUUUUCUUGAGUGUCACUUGAUAGGCUAUGCAUAUUGGAACUCAAACCCAUACUCUGGUCGUUUCUGCAUUUCCUUUAAAAAUAGCAUGGGAUCAUAUUUAAACAAUUGUUGGAUAGCUGGAAACAGUGUUUUUAGGUCAGACCAGGCUUUUGGUUUUUCAAAAUUUGUGAUUGAAAGCACUUUAGUGACUUGGAUUUUGUAAAUCUUUCCUUUCCUGCGUUUCCUUUGCCAUUUAUUUAUUCUUUAAAAAUAAACAUUUUGUGGUGUGUUUGCUUUUCAAGGCACUCCUCUAUUACACACUUGUACAUCUCCACUAUCUCUGAUCCCAGCCAGGAUCUCCCUUCACCCCUUCUCAACCUGGGGACAUGUGACACAUUUUAUUCUUCAGGCUGCAGCUCUUACCAUGUGUUGCUUUGUCAACUCCUCUGGGGCAGCAGCUGUGUCUGAUUCACUCUUUGGAGUUCAGAGGCCAGAGAGAUACCUUCUAGUUGAUGGGAAAAUAUGGUGCUUCCUGAAGAAGGAGGGGCAGUACGAGGAAAGUGUGGAACUGCUCAUCAUGAGGGCUUUCUCUGGGAACUGGCCCAGUGAUCUGUCAGGCUAGGCUUGGUGCUCCCAUCUCUGCAGGUGAGAAAACAGAAGCUCUCUCCCUUUGGCCUAUUUUUCUCAUCCUAUGCUAGUUCCAUACUCUUGGGAAAAUUAAACAUCACCAGUUCCUUUCUGUAGCAACAAAAAAUGAUAAGCCCUAUGUUCUUGUAUUAAUUCUGGCUAAUAGAUAUCAUAACUGAGGCCUGAGACUGCACCCAUAAUGAGCAGUUGGCAUGAACUCUAGAAGUUCUUCUGUCUUUCCUGUUUAGAGACGGCAGCCCUGGCUCCAGGCUCUGUAGCCACACAGGUUCUGCCUCCCAGAGGGUUGGUUCUCAACACAUUUCCUCAUGUUUACUCCUCGGUUGUUGCUUCCGUCCCUCUUCCUUAGCUUAUCCAGGAUUGAGUUUGGGAGAGGGAACCAGUAAGCUGUGCAACUUACAUACAUCAUCACACUUAGACAAUACGGGCAGCCACUAAAAUUGUAACAGUAAGGCUUAUUUAUUAAUGUGGAAUGAUGCUGACAAAAUUUUGCUGAGUAAAAAAAUCCCUAAAAAAGAAAAAAGAUAGAAAUAAACAAAUAUGUAAAGCAGAAUGAAAAUGAAAUGAAUAACCUUAACAACUGGUUCUGCAUACAAAAUAUACAAGUAGUGGACAAAUCUCUAUGUAAUAUUACAAAGGAAAAGGAGAAAAUAGGAAGUGGCACGAGAGAAAGGGGCUAGAAGCACUGAAGUAAAAAUGGAAGGAUGCUUUCUUAACAUAAGGAACUGUCUUCAAUAUGGCAGGUUAAUAUUUUAUAAUGUAUACAUACAUACACGUGUUUAUAUGUACGUAUAUAAGAGCAGAGUCUUUGAGGCGGCUUUGCCACCUCUAGCCAUGUGACCUUGGAUGAGUUUCACUACCUUUCUGAUCUCUUGGUUUUUCAACUGUAAAAUGGGGAUGACAGCAGAACACUCAUUUUUCUGAAGAUUAAAUGAGAUGACAUGAGUAAUAUACUUGGCUCAGUUUCUGGUGUAACUGAGGAAGGAGCAAAUUAAAUAUUAACUAUUAUUACUGUAAUUAUUGGCAUUUCUAUUAAUAUCAAAAAUCGAACGAGAAAGUUUGUUAUCAUUAUCAUUUUUUGACAAUAUGGGACAAACAAAAUAAAUCAUGGAAUAAUAGCUUGUUGGAAUGGUCUGCAACAACAACUCAAGGAGAACUCUACGAACACAGCAAAACGUCGCCCUAAGAGCAGGGCUCGGUGUGUCAUCGGGCUGCUCUCUCCCUGGCUGUGCAAGGACCAGGAGCUCAACUGGCCACGCCCCACAGAGGACCACCGCUGUCCUGUGUGACUAGAGUCUGGAGACGAGGACUUUGAGCCGCUCACGAACAUCAUCAGGAAUCCAGGACUCAAGCUUGUCCCUGCAAGGUCACUGGAGGUUCCUGAAGUCCAGACAUCACAGUGGAGACUACCUAUGGCCACAUUUCAUCAAGGAGUAAACCCCCACCUGCUAGCAGAACCUCUCUCACUCCUCAUUGGUCAGCACUGCAUGUCGCGCUCAGGCCUUAGCCAAUCAUCACCAGCCAGAGGGUGAGACAUUGGGCUGCAGAGAAAUGAAGUGAACCUGCUAAGCCAAUUGUCAAAUGGAUGAGAAACUCAGAGCCAAGGAUCGGGAAAAUACCCUUAAAGAACGAGGUGAUGGCUGAGUCUGUCCCAGUGCAAACUUCUGCUCCUGGAGGCUCCCGUUCACUGGACUUUGCAGGAGACACACAGGCUCCCCAAACCCCGCGGUGGCCCCUGAUGACCUUCAGCUGAACCCUGUAAUGCUGCUAAAGUCUGCCCCUCUGGAGAAGUGCUCAGGUAGCAUUGUUCUGCCUCAGGAAGCAUGCCGAUUUUCCUGUGUCAUCCUUGAUGAUCACUGCUACCAGACUUGCCCCCUGCAGGGCACCCCGAUGUGCAAGGAAUUCAACAACCUAGGAGUUGAAAGCAUUGGUCUCCCAAGUUCAGUGUGUUCUUUCCCGUAUCUAUUACCAGCUGAUGAGAAUAAACCUGCAGUCAUGACAGCUAGGUCCUAGUGACAGGUGCAGAAAGCUGCUCUUACAGAAACUCUCCUCCUUAUUAAGAGGCUUUGUCUAUCACUCGGAACUGCUUCUACGCAAGAUUAUCUGUUGAAAGGGAACUGUCCAUACCAGGGCAUUGUUCUGACUUUUCUGGACUUCCUCAACCCAAAAUGCCUUGAAGAAAAAAAAAAAAAAAGACACUGAGUGUUAGGGCAGGGUCUCACUCUGUCUCCAGGCUGGAGUGCAGAGGCACGAUCACAGCUCACCACAACCUCUAACUCCUGGGCUGAAGUGAUCCUCCCACCUCAGUCUCCUAUGUUGCUAGGAUUACAGCGUGAGCCAUUGCCCCAGCUACUCCAACUUAAGAGUUCCCCCAAGGCUGGCUGCCCUUCUCCUCUCCUUCCAUCAUGAAUGACACAUGGGCAUCCCCUUCGGCUAGCAUGGCUGACCUGUGCCUUCCUGGGUGCUCAGCUUGGCACCCAUGUGAGUUUGCAGCCUGAAAUUUUAAAUGGAGGAGUUUCUGUGCUUUUCUGCCCUGGUUCCUCUUACUGACCCUCUAAGUCACCAGCUGUGGUCGUCUCCUCUUUGACCCCUGAUCUCAACCCGGGCUUUGAAAUGUGUUUGUUCACAUAAUUGUCCAUUACCCACCCUUCCUGUCAUUGCAGAAUCUGUUGUCUCAUACUGACAUUUUAAGACUUUUUUUCACUUUCUUCUGUUGAAGAUCACCUACUAAGAAAAAGUACUUCCUCCUUUUCAUUCUUUCGUUAUAAGAAUUAAUUAAAUUUUAAUUGACAAAUAAAAAUUGCAUAUUUAUGGUGUAAGACAUAAUGUUUUGGAAUGUGUAUAGAUUGUGGAAUGGCUAAAUCCAGCUAAUUAACAUAGCAUUACCUCACAUACAGUUUUUUUUGUGGUGUGAACACUGAAAAUCUACCCCCUUAGUGAUUUUGAGUACACAGUACAUUGUUAUUAACUAUAGUCACCGUGUUAUAGAGGACUUAAACUCAUUCCUCCUGCAGAACUGAAAUUUUUUGUCCUUCGACCAACCAGGCUGCCUCUUUUCUAUUUCGCUCUUUAACACAGUCAAUUUUGUGCAGUAACUAAACUGGGAAGUGGGGGAGAUUCUGGGAUCUCCUUUACUGUCCCAUGUAGGGAGCCCUUGGAGGGCCAGGGAUUCCAUAACAAUGACCAAGGUGAAGCCCAAUAUUGCACAGGAGUGUCUGUGUGCAGGGGGUUGGGGGGGCAUUCCUUUUCCUAAGUAAUGCAAUGAGUCUUACAAGAAAUUCCUGCGUGGGACACUUCUCUGCCGCAGAUCACAUCUCCUCAAAUAUCUCUUACUCCGGCCAUUGCCACAGCAACUGGUCUUGCUUCCCGCUGUUAAAUUCAGUUUAGUCUAAAGCUGCCUCCUUACAUAUUUAAGUCUGGCCAACAGGUUUCUUUGUACAUAGUAAACUAUAACCUAACUGGAUGUGUAAAUAGGCUAUAACCUACUCUCAUACCAAUCACUGAGUUUUGGCCAAUCACAGGGGGCCAACUGUUCAAACCGUGUUCAAAUAAGACAACACCAAGCUGUAACCAGUCCAACCCUUUCCGUACCUCACUUCCGUUUUCUGUGUGUCACUUUGCUUUUUCUGUUCAUGAGUCUUCUUUGGCCAUGCGGCAGCACUGGUGACUCUCUGAACCUAUUCUGGUUCAGGGCUGCCCAAUUCACAAAUCAUGCUUUACUCAAUUAAACUCUGUUACAUUUAGUUUGCCUAAGAUUUUUCUUUUAACACUGCCCUGGGGCUUCUCUGACUUUGAGAUGUGGACGCCUUAGCUACCCCUGCCUGGUACUUCCACCUGUGGACCCUGAAGGACUUCCUAGAAGUCCAUAGCACACACAAGGCAGCCCGUGACCAGUCGGGGGAGUUCUUGUGAUAAAUUCUCCUCUUCUGCCUCUGUGAUGGAGACCUCUGAAGUCAUUCUAUGCAGCAACGUGAAGAUCCUGGUGGCACCUAGCCCUGGUUGCCCUUGGCGUGACAGACUGGAGAAGGAACACUUGCUGGGUAUUCUGUCCAUCCCCUCUCCCACUCCUCAGUCCUGCAUCCUCUCCCAAGUCAAGGCACCUACCCACAAGCCCACAAGACUGGGAGCAGGAGCGGGAGAGGAUGCCAGGGACAACAACCCCAGCCAUGACUGAAUGCAUCACAGAAUCUGGAAGAAUUAUUACAACCUAAAAUUCCUCCUGCACACACAAACUGGUUUUACUGAGUUCAGUUUUGUAAACAAAGUUUGCAUCCAGUGAAAUAGCCACUUUCGUGAAUCUAGAUGAAAUACAGUCACUGCUCCAAUCAAAAAAAUGAUUUUGGGAUUUCUUAUACAUGGCCUGAAAAUACUAUGAGGCUCAAUUUUUCAGUUUCCCCUUGUAUUUCCAUCAAUUUUUGCUCAUAUUUUUGGAGUUGUCUGCAAGUUAAGAACUUCUAGAUCUUCCUGGUGAACAUUUAUCAUACAAAGUUUCCCCUU